UAUCAUCGCAUGCAGGAUAUGACUAUUUAAAGAACUGCCAUGCAGCCGCGUAGAUAACUCUUAUGUGUACGGUUUCCUGGCUGGCCGCGCAGCAAAACGUACCAAAACAUCAUUUCCCAAUCCGUCUUCAUUUCGGUAGCACUGUCAAUUAUGGUAUCGCAGGACGUUGCUUUUAAUACUAGACACUGGAUAUAUUUUAAUAGUUUAUCGCCAUGGAUGAAUUAAGUGGAAAUACCGAUAUAUCAACGAGGAGUAAACGAUUACCAAAGGAAUUGGCAGAUGAGGUCGAGACUCCAGGCAACAUCUUCGUGCUGUCUAAGGAGGAGAGGACAGCGAGGCUCUUCCAUCUCCGGUACAGCGCUAGAGAAGAUGCUUACUACCGAUAUGCCCAGAGAGAACCCGCCUUGAAGGGGUGGAAAGAAGGAGCUUUUAAUGUCGUCAAUAUGCAACGCUACCACGCCAUCAAGGGGCCUCAAAUAGGAGAAUGGACCUAUUUAACUCGGAAACCCAGACACUCUAGUGGGUCUAUCAGUUGGUUCCUGGAUCUAACCCAAUCUGGUCUAGUCGUAGACCAGGUCUAUGCACUCACCUAUAGUCGGACACUCUCCGGUGGAAACGUAACCUUUGACAUGAGGCGCGCAGAUUGUCCGCCGAGCAAGGGGCACAAGACAGAAAGUAGUAUCAACGGUCUGAUCUUUGCGGCCUACCUAGAUGGAGGGUUACGCAAACACGAGAGGGCGCAAACUCAACUCUUCUUCCAAGAUUGCCUAGAGGAUCCUGAAGGCUUCCCAUUUGAUCUCCUUAUCACACUGAAGCCAUCAGAUUCUAAAGAAGGCAUAACAAAUAAACCAAGAACGAAACCCGGACCUCUACAGCCAUUAUCUUUUCCUCCAAGACCUCAUGACGUGCCUACCAAACCAGCAAGGUGCACGUGCGCCCGCAAUCACAGAAGACGUCGAAUCAGCGCUUCCAUCGCAGACUUCAGGGACAAACCUACGUGCUACGAACAGGACGAAAGGGGUAUCAUAUCUUCAGAAAAGCUAGAAAGAGGUCGAACUGGGAUACGACCGAAUGGUGUGGAUACUUGCUCUGUGACCAAAGACAUUAACGCCAAUAGAUCCAUGUUACUUACUGAACCGAACAGGACAAUGCGAAGUCUUGAAGCAACAUUGGCAAACCCACAUAAGAGAAAUGAACGAUUGGGGUCUGACCGAGGCAAUGGAAGUAUUAACCUAGCAAGGACAGAACAGAAUGUAGAGACAUCAAAAUGUCCAGAACAUGGGACAUCUAGAAGAUUCUCUGUGGCAUCAACAGCUUGGGAACAUAGACUCGAUAGAGGCAUCGACAAUGAGAACCUGGUCGAGAGUAGACGAAAAUCAAGAUGUGUGAUCUUAUGACGGACAGAACGAUACAGAGACAGGAGUAAUACAGUCAAACCUGCUUUAGUGACCACCUGUUCAUAGAGAUCACCUGUCUACAAAGAUCACUUUUCUUGGCUCCAUUGCUGGUCUUUACAGACAGGUUUCACUGUACCUGUGGGAUACACCAAUGGACUCAUUUUCGUUCAAAGACCACAUGCAGCCACCAAUCAUCUAUCCCAAUCCGAGAGAGCAAUACAGCCUGAACAAUUACUCAUAGAAUUCAUCGUUUGACUCUCACAGUUAUGAAUAAUAUUUUGCGGUGAAGAAGUUCAGGGAACAUCAUUCACCAUAGAGAAUCUGGGAACUGGCACGAUGAUCAUAAGUUUGCACUUGAUAUUACAAGUCAUUGAUCUACAUUUGCCACACUCAACCCAAGU